AGUGUAUACUAUUUUUUUUAUUAAGGCACUUAUUCCAAUCAUAGUAACUUUAUAAUGUAUAUGAAGUAAAAGUUUACAAUGUCUUUUUUUUUUUUUUUUUUUUAGGUUUGAGGCGACCGAGCACUAAGAAGCCAUAUUUGUUGUUGAAAAUUACUAAAUGUCAAAAUAUUUGAAGCUUUGUUGAGGUUAUUGCACCCAAACUUAUUCUGUUUUGUAGAUCGUCAAGAGCCAUUUACAAAAAGGUAUGAGUCAUUCAUGGAUAGGAAGCGUCGUCUCGCUGGAUUGCGGGGAGACACUGGGAACGUAUCAGGGUCAGGUGAGGUCAGUUGACAAUUUCUCACAAGCCCUGACAAUCUGCAAUGCAUUUCGUAAUGGGCUCAAAUGCGAAGUUUCAACUCUUACCAUCAAUGCUCAAGACAUUAAAGAUUUAAAAAUUCUUCAGCCGAGCAUCAAAGCACAUGAUCUUGUGAACAAGCCCAAAACUCCUUCCAAGUUGUCGAAAGAGACUGAGAAGUCCAUCAACCCAGGAUGUCGUUCGCCCGUAAAAGUCGUACAGCCCGAUGACCUGAGUGGAUAUUCCCACCAACACAACGGUUAUUCCAGUACGAACAAUGGUUACGUGACGAGACUGACCCCGACCAGAGAUGUUGCACACGACAAUCAUUACAACGGCAGCAGGAAUAAUGCCCGGCAGACCCCAACCAAAGAAUCCGAUCAGAGUAAGAGAAGAAACUCUUUUUCUGAAUCCAAAGGUCGGAAGUCAUCAACUCCAAGAAAAAUUGAUUCGACUAAUGGUCGAAAGAGUGCUCCCAGAGAAGACUGUUUUAGUGCUCCAGUUGAGUCGUUCUUAGCAAAGGAAUUUGACUUUGAGAAAAACUUAGCUUUGUUUGACAAACGUGCAGUGUUUGAAGAAAUUGAGAAUGGUGGGCCUGACGUCAUGAAGCCUGUUGAGAAAAAGGCAGUGAAGUACCGCUGUGAUGAAAAUGUUCUCAAAACAAAGCCAGCGGUUCUUAAACAGAUAAAGGUGCCCACUUCACCUGGUAUUGAGUACGUUACAGAUUCCGGACUUGUGGUCCCCUCUGUAACGUACAGCCUGAGAUCGAAGGUUUUGUCCACGGCUCAAGGUUAUGGGUAUUCUCUGGAGCGUCAGGUGGAAAUGGUUGGCAGAUCUGCGAGUGAAAUGGUGCUACAGUUACUUGGGGGAAGUAGCAGGUUGAACCCCCAGAACGAUCACCAGCUGCCGACGGUGGUAGUGCUGUGCGGCCCCCACGUGCAGGGUGCGGAAGGGAUCAGCUGCGGUCGCCACUUGAGCAACCACAACGUAAAGACAAUUGUGUAUGUGCCAAACUUUGUUAAGAUGAACGCAGAUCUGGAGAAGGAACUCGUGUUGUAUGAUCUCUGUGACGGCAAGACGACAUCCAGUACCAAAGAGUUACCUGCUGGUCCAGUUGAUAUGAUUGUAAACGCCUUAGACAGUCACGAACAUUCCCACUUCAUGGACCAGAACUGGUACAAGACGCUGACCAAGUGGACGAACAACAAGAAGGCUCCAUGUAUUGCCAUCGACCCUCCGACCGAGGGAUCCGUCAUCGAGGCCAAGUGGAGUCUGGCCGUGUGCCUGCCCCUCAGUGUAAAGACAUCCAGUCAGGUGUACCUCUGUGACCUCGGCUUGCCCAAGAAGGUGUUCAUGGAAGCUGGGGUGACCUACGUUUCUCCGUUCAGUCACAAAUUUGUUAUUGCGCUGCAUCAGAGGUGAUAAGAGAGUGUGGAAAUCUAUUGCCGUGGGAUACAGUAUAAAAAUUUGUUAUUGCACUGCAUCAGAGGUGAUGAGAGAGUGUGGAAAUCUGUUGCCGUGGGAUACAGUAUAUACAUUUGUUAUUGCGCUGCAUUAGAGGUCAUGGAGAGAGUGGAAAUAUGUUGCCGUGAAGGUUCGUACGAGUUAAUGCAGAUUCCGGAAAAGUAGAAAAAAUUUAACGUCGUUUUUCAGGCUUGAAGAUUUUCAUUUGUGUCGUGGAAAGUUGUGGAAAAUGAACAAUUCAUUGAUGAAUUUUGUCCCAUUUAAAACGUUACAAGUUCACAUCAAAAUAUUUGUAAUAAUCAUCAGAUUAUGUUGAAAAUCGCAGAAAAAUCUUUGAAAAUCCAUAAAAUAACCCUGGAAAACGUCUUUGGAAUGUCCUGGGAUCAGACUGUAGACAAAGUAUAGUGUUGAUAAAUACUUGUUUCUCUGUUUAAUCAAAAUCGUUUUAUUAAUCUGUAUAAAUGUAAUUGCAGUGUUGCUGACGUUCACUGAAUUCCACAAUCGGUCACAAUUUCAUUAUUUUGAUGAAUCAAAGGUGAAUCUGAUAUUGUUGAUACCACUAUUAUGUCGGUCAGAAAUUCAUUACUCAACUGUAUAUGGUGUUCAUUAUCUUUGAAAUGUGGAGACUCAGAAAAUUAGAUGGUUGUACUCUACUGAGUGCAGUGAGGUGUAUGAAUCAUAAGCUUGAACAUUAGUGGUGGCAGUAGGUGCCAAAUACUAAAUGUGGUAUAAAAAUUAGCAGCUGGCUAAUUUGGCAGUAGGCAAGGUGAGCCCAGGUUACUAAUAAUUGUAAAUGAACACCGGAAUGUGGAGACUAAGGAAAAUUAGAUGGUUGUACUCUACUGAGCGCAGUGAAGUGUAUAAAUUAUAAGCUUGAACAUUAGUGGUGGCAGUAGGUGCCAAAUACUAAAUGUGGUAUAAAAAUUAGCAGCUGGCUAAUUUGGCAGUGGGCAAGGUGAGCCCAGGUUAUUGAUCAUCGUAAACGAACACCAGGAUGAUUGCAGUGCUAUUGGUACACAUUAACUCUCUUUCGGGCACAUGUUACAUAUAUUUUUUUAUUCCAUUGCAUCGGACGUCAUUGCCGUAUGGCUGAUAUAAACUAUUUCACUAUGUUCACUAGUUCAUUCAUUCACUGCACAGGAAGUGAUUUGGAGGAUUGUUGGUGCACAUCUUCUUGAUUCAUCCAGUCACAGAUUUCUUAUCAUGUACACUGCAUACACAGUGAUUGUGGCAGUGGUAGUGACGUACACUGUUCGGUCAACCACAGAUUUGUUAUUGUGCUGCUGUGUCGGAGUGGAUCAUGGUGUGGUUGAAACGGUUUGUGCAAUAAUAGGGCAGUCAUGACCAUCUAACUGUCUCCCAUUAGAAUCGCUUACAUCCGGAGUCAUUGUCGUCUUCGUCUUUAUUCCAUUGUGUAUUUUUUUACUUGACAGAUUAAUAAACUGAUGACAUGUAUCUGUUCUAAUGGAUGCAGUUGUUCAUGAGAUUUUUAGAACUUGUUGUAAACCCGAUUCAUGACGGUUACAGAACUCUACACCUCAGUAUUACAAACAGAGGUUUGAACACUUUUGAAGUGCAGGAAAUGUGUUAACAUCAUUCUUAAAUGGUACUUGACAUACGUUUGUGUGAUUUUGACGUUUGUUGGGAAAUUUUGAAAUUUAUUUUUGAUGAAAUACUUGAUGCAAUUUUUAUUUUUUUGAAAUGUACUCAGGGAUUUAUCCCGGCAUUCUGUGGGUCCAAAUAUAGGCCCCUUCCCAAAAGAAAGUGGCACUGAAAAUUCCCAAUUUGUGUACUAAAAAAUUCUCAAUAGAAUAUAUUUAAGUAUUUCUGUUGUAAUAAAUUAAUUGAAUGGUGUUUUACUGCAUCAUUCAGUGGCUUAAACAAAUAUCCCUGUUAUGCUAUACUUGUACUAAUUUUCCCAAUCCCCUCAGAUUUGGGACCCUGGUAAACAAUCCUGGAUAAAUCCCUGGUACUGGUAAAGUCAUAACAUUAAAAUGCAGUUGGACAUUGUGUGUUGUAUAUUAGGAAUGUACAUUGUAAGCAAACAUUAUUCAAAAUUGAUUCAUUGCAACAUAAACUAGUUUGGUUUCAUCCAGUUCGUGAGGGCAUUGUUCCAUGUUGUGGAUGGUAGGAUCAUUUCACUAGCAUUCAAUUGAUGAUCUUAAACGAUGUGUCCUAUAAACUGUGAAUAAUAUAUCUAUUGAUGUUUGCCUGUUCAUACUGCUGUAGGUAAUAGUUUCGUUACAAAGAAUUGCUACAGCAGCAGGGUUCUUGAAAACAGAUUAAACAGUGCUGCAAAUGAUUGUACCUGUAGAUGGCUGUAUUUUUAUUGGCUUUAUCUAUUGUUGAACUAUUGUUGUAGAUUUUAGAUAUUGUCUUUCUGCACUUGAGAUUUGAAAAUAGACCAUAGAUGCUACCCAUACAGUGAAAGGAAUCAACAGUGAAGUCAGCUAGCAAUUCAUAUUUGGUUUCUUCUUGAAGUCGGUAAUUGUUUUCCUCUUGGGUGUAGGGGGUCUAGGAUUUAGCAUCGAUCUCCGUCAGUGGACCCAUUGGGCUAAAAAAAAAUUCCAGUCAGUGUUUCACAUCCAGUGUAAUAUAACAGGUGAUGGUAUGCAUGGUCAAUUCUGUGGGAUGGUGCAUAUAAAAGAUGCCUUGCUGCUGAUCAAAAAGAUUAAGCCAUGUGGUGGUGACAAAAGGUUUCCCCUAUCAUUUAUUUGUGCGAUCAGUAACCUUAUCUUAUAUAGAGGCACUGAUUUUUCGUUUCAGAUUUUUCAUUUUUCCGUUUCAUAAUGUUACAAAUUCCAUUUUUUUCCGUUUCAGUAUUAAACAAAUUCUG